AUGUCAGAAGUGGAGUCCGUGGAUUCGUACACCUCGGACAUCUCGUCCGCGUUGAGGGAUGACCAGCAACCCCGGGAGUAUGUUCCGUCGAACAGCAGGAACAGCGGCCAGCCGCUGAACCUGACCAGGACCGAGACGGUCAAGUCGCUGCAGGAGAUGGGGAUGACCUCCGCGGCGCCCGUGCCCGACAUCAACGCGCCGCAGACAAACGGGAGGCCGAUGAUUUUCCCGGAGGAGUACACCAUGGAGACGCCGACGGGGCUGGUGCCCGUGGCUACGCUGCAGUCGAUCGGCAGGACGUCGACGGCGGUCUCGAGGACGAGAAGCAGACAGAUCGACCGGCGGUCGUCGGUGUCGUCGUCCGUGGCGGGGAGCAACUCGGACGAGGAGGUCCGGAAGGAGAAGCCGGCGGCCGGCGGGCCCGAGGAGCCGGAGCUGGAUCCCGAGAUCGAAUUCGUGACGUUUGUCACCAACGACCCGGACAACCCGCACAACUGGCCGCUGUGGAAGCGGUGGGCGUACACGAUCAUUCUGUCGUGGCUCGUGGUGUGUGUCGCGUACGGGUCCGCGUGCAUCGCGGGCGGGCUGUUCACGGUCUCGGAGAAGUACCACGUCGGGUCCGAGGUGGCGGUGCUCUCUGUGUCGCUGAUGGUGAUUGGGUUUUCGCUCGGGCCGCUGAUCUGGUCGCCCGUGAGCGACCUGUACGGGAGAAGAGUGGCGUACUUCGUCUCAAUGGGGCUGUACACGAUCUUCAACAUCCCGUGUGCGAUCUCGCCAAACAUCUCUGGGCUCAUGGUCAGCCGGUUCCUCUGCGGCGUGUUUGCCUCGUCCGGUCUCUGUCUGGUCGGCGGCUCGAUCGCGGACAUGUUCCCGAGCUCGACAAGAGGUAAAGCGAUCGCAUUCUUUGCAGCAGCGCCUUACGGCGGUCCGGUGACGGGCCCCCUCGUCAACGGAUUCAUCUCCGUGUGCACUCGUAGGAUGGAUCUGAUCUUCUGGGUCAACAUGGCGUUCGCCGGCGCGAUGUGGAUUGUCGUUGCUUUCAUCCCAGAGACAUAUGCACCCGUGAUUCUGAAGAAAAGAGCCGCUAGGCUGAGAAAGGAGACUGGCAACCCGAAGAUCAUGACCGAGCAGGAAGCGCAAGGCGUCGAUUUCAAGGAGAUGAUUCGGACGUGUGUCGUGAGACCAUUGUAUUUCGCCGCCACCGAGCCUGUUCUUGACGCUACGUGUUUCUACGUGUGUUUGAUCUACUCUCUUCUAUACGCGUUCUUCUUCGCUUACCCAGUGAUCUUCAACGAACUGUAUGGGUACAAGGAUAACUUGAUCGGGUUGAUGCUGAUUCCGAUUCUUAUCGGAGCGCUGAUGGCGCUCGCUUUCACAUUCUGGUGCGAGAGCCAGUACUUGAAGUUGAUCAAGACACGACGGGCGACCCCCGAGGAUCGGCUGCUGGGAUCGAUGAUUGGGGCGCCGUUCGCAGCCAUCGCGUUGUGGAUCCUUGGUGCUACCUCUUACAAACAUAUCAUAUGGGUCGGUCCCGCAUCUUCCGGCAUUGCGUUCGGGUUCGGCAUGGUUUUGAUUUACUACAGUUUGAACAACUAUAUCAUUGACUGCUAUGUUCAGUACGCGUCCAGCGCUCUCGCCACCAAAGUUUUCUUGAGAUCCGCCGGUGGUGCAGCUUUCCCCUUGUUCAUCACCCAAAUGUACCACAGAUUGGGCUUGCAAUGGGCCUCUUGGCUGCUGGCCUUCAUCGCUACCGCCAUGAUCGCGUUGCCCUUCGGGUUCAAAAGAUGGGGCAAGGAGUUGAGACACAAGUUAUCAAGUAAAGAUUACUCUAUCGACUCAAUCGAUGCUUGA